CUCGGCAUCCAAGUCGAGCCUCUGCACUCCGGAGGUGGGCGGAACCGUGAGAAACUUUCACCGUUGACAACCACCAUGAAGCGUUUAUCCCAUGUUCUUGAUAUCCACUUUAAAGUACUUUUACUCUUACUAGAAGCAUUGUUUACUAGGCGUAAAGUCAGAAGUUUUUGUUUACUGGUCGCCAUGGAAACGACCCUCAGUCGGCAAGCUAUUUUGUACUACGUCAUUCUGUUCUGUAAAGCACUAGAUAUAGCCAAAGAACCAUUGUUUCGGACGUACAGUUAUUGUCACAUUAAAUUAGGAAGUGCACUAAAGAGUCGAUAACAGAAUAAAAUAUGAUAAAGGCGAAUUACGAACUCUCGCGAGAUUAUGAUGUGUCUUCACCCGUCCAUCCCGGAAGCCUCUUCAUAGCCAGUCAGAAUAAUGGCCGCCUGGCAAAUCAUCAACUACGAAAUCUACUCACCUGUCAUCGUAGGGUCAGCCUGGACUCUAUAGCUACACGCCCCGAAGUGACCGCUUUCGUCGUGAUCAUAAACACAGGAGGACGCAAUGAGUCCACCCACUACUCCUUUUGCCUCUCUGCUGCUGCUCUAAUCACAGUCCUGUUGUCACAGGUGCUACUCAAUCUUUGGUCCAUAUAGUACAGAAGCCAUGUCUGGUUCAGGUGACUUGCCAUCUAUCGAAGGUUCCGGGAUGGGUGGGAUGAAGCUGCCCAUCGGCAUGACCCGCCGGGGGCUCAGCUACGACGACAACUUGGAGGCGCCCAUGUCCACGCCCCCGCACGACAUUAACAUCACAAACCUGUGGAGGCGCCCCGUCGUACCCGAGAGGAAGUUCAACCAAUUGGCUGAGGAGGAUGAAGGCGUCGCUGUGUCUCAAUCUAAUGUGUUCGACGGCGGCCCCACCAGGCCCGCGAGUGUGGUGAAGACCAAGGCCUCCUCCCUCAUCCUCAACUCUCUCAUCACCAAGCAGACUCACGACAGCAUGCACAAGUUUGAGCAGACGGCGGGACUCAGCGACACCAGCUACACUCCCCACAAAGGCCUCACCGCCGAGGAGACCCGACUCCACCACCGCAUGCCGGAAUCAUUCCAGAAAAUGCAGAUCCAGAGCUUGGAGGCUCGGGACGAGCGCCAGAACUCGUCGGCCCAGUCCACGCCAUCCACCACGCCGCACACCUCGCCCAAACUGCACCGCAGGAGCUGGUUCAGUAGCACAAGCUCGGACGUCAGCGUGAGCUCCUCCAACAGCAGCGUGGACCUGGUAGGAGGCGACGGAGGAGGAGGAGCAGGCGUGCUGGAGCGCUGGGGCGUGUUUGGCCCGCGGCCACUCGUGCACAAGUCCACCUCCGAUCUAGGCAACAACCCCUCGGGGCCAGAAGGCUUUGCGCUGCAGGCUUACCGCGGCGCCCACAAGCCCGGCGCCACCGACGCCAUCAAGUCGCAGGCGGCCGCCCGGCUGGCCGCCGGCCCCGACGCCCAGAGAGCGUCCGCCCCGCCCAAGAUGGAGAUCCCGACGGUGGACGGGCGUCGCCAGGGCGCUCGCCCGCACAAGCUCAAGCCGCGCGACAUGAACAUUCUGACGCCCUCCGGCUUCUAGACGGCGCCCGACGAAAGGUCACACGUUUUCCCCUUUUCACGUUGCCGGCGUUCAAGCCGCGAAUUCCCAUCUCCCAAAAGCAGCUCCAAUCUACAGUGGAACCUCCAAUUUGGAACAUGGUUGACAUCCAAUUUGUUCUCAUUAUGGACCCAGAAGAGAGUUGUAGACGCCCUGCUUAAAAAUGUUUCCAAUUGCCUUAAUUACCGUAAUUCCCGGCCUACAGAACGCACACGGUUGCAAGCCUCAUUUGUAAAAGAAAUCCCAUUUGGUACAUACAUACGCCGCAGCUGUGCACAUUGAAACACGAGACUGUACACAGAAAGAGCUUAAUGCUAGCGCCGCGCUAACGCUAACAGGGCCAUUAAAAUAAAACUUACCGGUAAAUAUCACUUGAGACGCGCCAGUAACACAGCAGCAACAUGCUAGCACAACGCUAGCGCAGCGCUAACGGGGCCGGUAAAAGUCACUUCCUCGCCACAUAUAUUCCAUUCUUACCUUUUACGCUCGAGUGCCCCCUUUGUGGCCUUUUGGGGGGGGGGGGGGGAGAUGCACAAAUUAACCGCAUGAGCCGCGAGGUUGAAAGCGUGUGGGGGGAAAAAAGUCACGGCUUGUAGGCCGGAAAUUAGGGUAAUCAUUCAAACCCUAAAUAGUGUUCCCCUGCUGUUGAAAGGGGGAUUAAAGACCCUCCGGCUCCAACCCAAUAUCAUUUAUAAUUGGCUCUAGGUGUAGCUCCUCAACUCACUGCAACACAGUUCCUUGGCACCAAAAUGGUGCCCAGAGAAUUUUAUUAUGGUCAAUGCUUUGGUCUGAGCAGAAAAACACACAGUAUGAGAGUUUUUCAGCCAGUAUUGGUGGGUAAAUUCCUCCCCAAAAAAAUCAGUGAAUCUCAGAGUAAAUACCUCAGAUAUUUGAAACCCAAACUAUGAUUAUAAUUUUAAACUCAUUUUGCAGCAUUGCCCUUCAAAAAAUGCUUUGCAGAUUAUUCAGAAAAAAAAAUCUAAGAAUGCAAGGGACACUGAGCUGUCCAAACUCCUAAAAAAUAAACAUUUUGUUAUCCGUCCUCUUAACUACAUUUUUGACUCAGCAUGCAUACAUAUUCCUUUCAAUUUUUUUUUUAAGUAUUUUAAUGUCUUUAGUUGGAGACUCAUUGAACCCAAUGUACAUAGAACAAAUGGCAACUCCUCCCGCUAACAGUGUUAUGUUCACUUUUGUAUUGAUUUCAUUUUUUUCAUACUCCAUUGAGCUCACUAAACAAUUGGAUAAAAUAAUGUCAAUUUAUGUUUAUAAAUUGUAUGCGGUGAAUGAAAUAUGAUUAACUAUAGACUGUCCGUCUGAAAAAUCCCUAAUGACCCUGACACACUAAACUGCCCAGCCGGGCUGUAGCGAAGCACACGCAACCGUUUAAUCUCUUUAAAGCGCCACAAUUGUCUUUUGUAAACUUAUGACUUAUGGUUAUAAUAACUUGAAAAAGUUACUGAAGAAUCCUGUUCUUUGAUUGCACUUUAUGCUCAUCAUCGUGAAUUCCGUAGUCUCGGUCUGGUCAAAUGUGUUAGUGAAGUAUACUGAGGUAACAAAACAGCGGUCUCAGGAAAAUGGCAGACCCCUUCACACAUUUUUUUUUCAUCUUUUUAUUAUUUAGCUCUUUUAAUGACUAAAUGGUCAUAACUAUAUGAUUGAAGUAUGUUUGUUUUUUUAGCCAUUUGAAAAUAGCCUACAGAGCAGCCCGGCUUGAUCCGGCUAUUCUCUAAGCAGUUGUCACAUGUGAAGUCAUGCCCCCCCCCCCCUUUUUUUUUUUUGAGGGGGGGGCACUUUUGUUGUUGCACUUUUACUUAAAGUGGACCAAGUGGUGUUGCUGUUACCCUGCUGUGAUGUUCUCUUCCCUGUAAAAGACAAAAUAACAGCAGCCGUGAAUAGGAAAAGUUUUUUUGUCCUUGUCUGAAAGAGUUGGAGAAAAGAAAGGGGGACCAAAAAAAAACAAAACACUCCCUGGAAAUGUUUAAAUCAAAAAGUUUUACAGGUUAACAUUGAUAGUGCGCAUAAACGAAACCCAUAAAGGUACAUAAAUAAUGUUUGGAAACAGUUCAAAAAGAUUUCCUGUGUAUGCAUUAUACUUACAAAGUGUAAUAAAUGUUAAGUACUGGAUUUAAAAAAAAUCAAAAAAAUAACCAUGGGGGAAUUUGACCGCCAAUCAGAAUUGAGAGAGAAGCUUGCAGCUUAAUUGUGAAACGUUAUUUUGCCUCCACCAUUUGUGGUGAACAUUUCAUUUUGUGUUUAGAAUUUAAUUUCAUGCCUAAAAGAAAAUGCCCUUGCAGGCUUGUAUAUAAGAACCCCCCCCCCCCACACACACACCCGCGCUGUAUAUAGCCCACCCCCUCCCUUAAAUGAACCGAAGUGUGUCUCAAAAAUGUGUGUUUUGUUUGUUUUGAUUUGCAAUGUCUGGAUAUGAUUUGUUAUUUUUCCUGACUGAAUAUGAGAAUAAAUGUCACAUUCUCAUCACCUAAAACGGGCUACAGUCUGUCUUUUUGCGGUGAAGCAAAUAAGUAUUUGAACACCCUGCUAUAUUCCAAGUCCUCCCACUUGGAAAUCAUGGAGAGGUCUGAAAUUUUCAUCGGAGGUGCAUGUCCACUGUGAGAGAGAUCAUCGAAACUGAAAAAUAACAGAAAUCUCAAUAUAUGAUUUUUUUUUUUAAUGACUUAUUUGUGUGAUCCAGCUGCAAAUGAGUAUUUGAACACCUGUCUAUCAGCUGGAAGAAUAAUAUCAAGGUUGUGACGUGACUUAGCCAGUCUCCAGACCUAAACCCAAUAGAAAAUCUUUGGAGGGAGCGGAAACUCCGCGUUUCCCAGCGACAGCCGAGAAACCUGUCUGACCUGGAGAAGAUCCGUGCGGAGGAGUGGGCCAAAAUCCCUCCUGCAGUGUGUGCAAACCUGGUGAACAGCUACAGGAAACGUUUGACCUCUAUAAUUGCAAACAAAGGCUACUGUACAAAAUAUUAACAUUGUUUUUUUGCAGGUGUUCAAAUACUUACUUGCAGCUGUAUCACACAAAUAAAUUGUUACAAAAAUCCUCCAUUG